UUGUUUUUUCAGCGCAUUGUGGGAGAUGUUCUCAGAUACAACAAAACUAGCAAAUACCAUCUCAUAUUGCAUGUUCGAGCGAAAACCAUCAAAGAGGAUGAUGGGAUAUUCUAUUACUAUUCGGACAGGGUUAUGAACUGGAACAGGUCCAGGCAUGACGGGACCAGAGACGAUACAAUUCACUUCAAGUCCCCUUUCAUACCGGGUGAUAUAUAUGUGGGAGUAGGUGGAAAUGAUGUGAUGUGA